UGUGUAACAUGACGUUAGGCCCAGACCGUGGCAGUUACGAGAAGAACAUGUACCUAAGUUACACUAACUUUGAGCUGAUGUGCUCUAGUAACAAUCUGACGCUCACCCGCCCCACACCAGACUUCUACACCUGUGGACCCUCAGGAAAUCUGGACACAAGGACCCCCCAGAAGUAUUUACCAUACAGAUUCCCUUCCUGUGGAGAUGUGAAGUCCCCUGCGGGUGUGAAGCUUAUGAUAACUCUGAAGUACACGUUUAAUUUGGUUUGUGAUGAAAAAGCUAGAGAGGUGAUCAUAUCUAGGAUAGUAGGACGGCUGCAGAUACUGAACCAAGCCUAUGGCAGUGAGUUAUGCCAGUCAUCAGAUUGCUCUGAUGUUCAGGUUUCUACCAACUGUUCAAUCACAUCAGGGCGCAGGAAGAGAGCCACAACUAGUGAUCUCCUCCUCAACAUAGAAAUACCAUAUGCCAAAUCACUUGUUGUAAACAAUAGUGAAGCUAUUUCACCUGGAGCAGUUAUCCAGGAAGACAUCACAGAGGAUGGUUUUGACUUUAAGGACGCUCUGUCAGGCAUUUAUCUGAAUGAGGACACUUAUGAUGUUGAUGUUACCCCUCAGUGCCCACAAGGGGAAGGCCUCGUUGAUGGGGUUUGUGUUUUAUGUGGGCGGGGCUACGAGCACAGUGCACUGACUCAGUUAUGUGAGGCGUGUCCUGUCGGUGAAUAUAAGGAUGAUGAACAAGCAGCUUGCGUGAGCUGUGGGACUGGGUUUACAACCAUGACCCCAGGCUCCCCAUCACAAGCAAAUUGUAAAGAAUCUUGUGGUGUAGGUCAUUACUACAAGGACAGUGGCUGUGUGCCCUGUGAGGUAGGGUUUUACCAGCCCACCCCUGGCCAGUUUGUCUGCCUGCCCUGUGGGGUGGCACAAACCACCUUAACAGAGGGCUCUGAUGCUCAAGAAGAUUGCUUUAAUAAGUGCGAUGCUGGGUUUGAACUGGUACAAACAGGUGACUGCGAACCGUGUGACAUUGGGUUCUACCGCCCUCAGGAUGCCGAUUCUAACUGUGUGAGCUGCCCAGUAGGGUGGGUGACACCUACCAAACAGUCAGCAGCACUGGAGAACUGCACUGUGGUGGACUGUGCAGCUGGUUACCGUGCCAGUGGCAGUGACUGUGUGAUUUGCCCACAAGGAACAUACCAGUCUAUGCCUUACCAAGAUAUUUGUCUGCCAUGCCCUGGAAAUAACAGCACUCGCUCAGCAGGCUCCAUAAGCCUGUCCGACUGUGAAAGUGAGUAUAGGUGUUGCUUCUGCUACAGAUUUUGUCAACACUUCGGUUGUAUUUCCAUUGUCAAUCACUAGGGCACUUUGGUCCCGGGUUUGCGGUAACCUGAGCAUGUUCACUUUAAGAUUGCUUUCAUGAUGACUACAGAUUUCAUCACUCACAGAACUUUAACGUCUUCGCUUGUGUCAUAGUCUGCUUAUUUUCAUCUACACUCUGGCACGAUUUCACCCUGACGUGUGGUGACAGCGAAGAUGCUUUCUUUUUUCAAAGCAUUUCUGCAUUAAGAAAUUAGGGAGUUGGGUUGUACAAAGUCUUUGCUGGUCAAGGUCAUGGCCAGGCUUCGAUGCUUUAGGGUCAGGGGAGUGCUGUGAGUACUGAUUCAUUAUUUCGGAUCACAAGUAAUAUGUUUUAUUUCAAAUACCCCUUUUUAAUGAAAACAAGUGAUUUAAAUGGAACUUUGGAAUGGAAUUUAUCAUUCUGAAAAUUUCCCUUUCACAUAAACAAUAUAGGGGGUUAAAAAAAGAAAUAAACAUAAAUAUUAUUCAGCUAAGUUCAACUAAACGGUAAGAUCAUCUAGAUCCUCCUCACAUGCAUGACCAAGUGCACCUUUUCUCGCGCGUGCCGUGAUGCGGUCAACUGCGCGGAAAACGGUUGAACAGGAAGCAGUGUACCAGUGACCAUUGCAUCAACACGUAGAUAUGCAGGCUCUACUACAAUAAAAGGUAAGUUCCAUACAAAUUAAAUACAUGUACUCUGCUUUGCGUCAGCAUAAAAUUGUUUUAUUUACUUGUACAUAUAACAUUAUUAUUAUGUUAUAAUUUUGCCGAUGAUUGACUUGAAAGCCAAAGUACUACUGUAACCUUAUGGUACCAUUACUUGUACUUGUUUUCUUUUAGUUGAAAGAAAAUUAUGCAAAAACCCCAAAAGGUGGGCAUCCAGUAUCACUGGACAUGUACAUGUCACUACUAUAUAUAGUUACCACAUACAUGAACAUGUUUUCACUUACUGUAGAUCGUUAUUGUACCAGAGGCACGAAAAUGAAUUUGCGUUAUCAUGAUUUUGACCUAUUUGGUUGCAGGCACUGUCUAGAAAUCACACCCCAGCUGAUUUUGGCGAAGUCUUGAUAACCCGGACACGUGGGGAUUUGCGAUGUGAAUAUGUUUACCAUGCAGUAUGCCCCCGCUGGAAUCCCAGAUACGGCGCAAAGGCUGUGAUGGACAUUUUGUCUAAGUGUUUAACGAAGGCCAACAAGCACCACAGUCGAUCUAUUGGUUUGCCUUCGAUCGGCGCUGGUGGACUUGGCUACCCAACGGACAUCCUCAUCCAAGCUUUUAAGUCAUCCCUUUGCCACUUCAGUCAGAAUACCCAAAAUUUAAAAUUAAAGGAGAUAUAUUUGAUGGUAUAUGACAAGGAACUGUUUGAAUUAUUCAAAGAAGCCUUCAUAGAUGAUUGUUCAGUGAGCUCUGUGACUCCAGCAACAAAGUCUAAGGAAUUUUGUCAGAAUUCAGUCAGAAUUUCUGUGACAACGACAAAAAAGCAUGUUAAAGAGGUAAAGAAACUGAUCCGAGGACAUGUAAAGAUGCUUAUUGUGUGGAUGAGAUUCGUGACCCCAGCCUGCAGAAUCCCCCUAAAGUCCUGAAGGGGCUGAUCACAUCUUUGUCCGGUCAAAUGAGCAUCCGCCUGGAUGGGGGCAAGAUCUCCGUAUAUGGCUCAAAAUCUGCUGUUGAUUUUGCUACAAAAGAAAUUUUUAAAUGUCUUCAGGAGAAUAGACCUGCGUCUCAAAAACCCUCCCUACUCUUGAAAACCAAGGGAGUGAAGGCGUACAUGGAUGCAAAGGCGAAGGAAACGAUCUAUGCUCCUGGCCACUGGAAGAAUUUCAACAAACGAGAUGUACCCUUGACUGAAUUCAUUGACGCCAAGGAUGAGAAGUACAAGCUGGUGGAUGCAUCAAAGCAAGAGACAGCCGACAUCACCAAACUCUUCUGUGGAUAGUUGGGCAAACUGCAAUGUACAAGUAACAUUGGGUAUACUCCAAUAAACACAUCAAGCUCUUGUUCUUCA